UGGGGUUUUUUUUCACCCUUACAGAGGCGAUUCUGGGAGGAGUACCAGCGUGAAAGUAGCCCCAGGCCUGGAGGACUGGAGUCCAUUGCCGGUGGUGUUCAUUCCCUGUACCUGAUCUUACCCCUGCUGUUGGUUUUGCUGCUCAUUGCUGCAGUUUCCAUCACAGUUUGGAGAUGCCACUCACGCAAGAGAUCCCAGCAGAGUCCUGCCAUUGGGCGCCCACAAAGAGACACAACCCUGUCAGUGGUGUCAAUGGACCAGUGGGGUCGGGACUACCAUCCUGACAUCAGUCCUCACUCAGAGAUCAGUGCCCACAGUAGCCCCGCCUACCCAGGCGCUGACCUCACACCUGGGCGGGGCAGUCGGGGUGACCCACCCCCUUCAUACGAGGAAGCUGUGGCCCAUACAGAUAUACAGAUUGAAGCAGAGCCUCCACCACAAUAUGAAGACAUCAUCAGUAACCACGGUAACACGGUUAUCCUCUCCCAGGGAAAGUGACGGAUCUUCCAGGCAUGUUAUCCAGCCUCAUGUAGGGAUGCAUUUUGAUACCAAUACUGUAAACCCUGUCAUUCGUUACUCGCUGUGUCUCUCUUCUCUUUUAUAGCUGAUGUUUUUGCGGGGUGUGAACAUGCUUUGGCCGUUUAUUUUUAAGUACUAGAAAUAUUUUUUUACAACUUCACUACUACAGUGACAGGCUUUUCAACUCCAGCACUAGCAAAACAGCUAAACUUCUUUACUUAAUGUGAAAAGAAAACAACUAAUGCAAUAACAUUAUUCUUAUGUUAUGUUGUUGUUGUUAAACAUUGAAUUGGUUUGAUUUCAGAGAUGUUCGCAUAACUCAUAACAGCAUGAAUCCUAAUCUUAGCCCAAAUCCAGGGACAAGUUACUGUAAUGUCAUUAGCCAUUCUUCCAAGUUAGUAAGUCCUAUGAGUGAGAAAUUCUUAGAAAUGAACUGAAUAUUUGGUCAGUUGUGGCCAAACAUACUAAAACUAAAACAUAUAAUUGUAAAUAAUCAGUUUCAGAGGAAAAAAUGCACAAUAUUUUCAGGAAGUUGUAAAUUGUAAUGUUUACUGACAUUCUGUACUUCAAGGUUCAUUGUAACCUUUAUCAAUAGCCAUGUAACUGAGGUUAUAUCUAUAGAAUUGCAUAGAUGUCACAAUGCACUGGACUCACAGCCUCAAUGAAAUAUUGAUAUUGGGUUGAUUUUUUUUUUUUCUCACUAGUUGAGGUGUUAAACACAUUUGGUUAGCAUGCCAGCUAAAUGGAUAACCUGUCAGCAGUGUGAAUUUGCUUAUAAUACAUUGCUGAUAACAUUGACCAAACAAAUUCAAUCCUGAUUUUAUGUAGCAUCGUGGUUGUUAAUGUUGAAUCAGACUAAGUGGGCACUAAGUCAUUUUCACUAAGUCACCAAGACAUUUUCAGCAAAUUUUCAUUUUUGGGUGAACUAUUCCUUGAACUGUUGUAUCGUGUAAGUGUGGUUUAAGGUUUGCCAUUUCAGUCGAGCCACAAUGAGUUCAAUGGCAAAACAUGGUAGACUAAAUGAUCUACGCAACAGUGCUUUAUUUUCUCUCCAUAGCUUUGGAGCAAUUUAAAUGGUCACAGCCUUGUGAAAUUUAUUCUUAUUGUGGCCAAGGAUUAAACGGGCAUAUUACGCAUCCCAAGCUGGGAAUUCUAGGACAAGCAAGAUGAAUUGUCCAUUGUGGAGGUAAUUAAUAAGGAGCAAGAAGCAUGCUUUUUGUGUGCAGCUGAGUUGAGCUGUGUGCAGACUCCCUUUUAGAUUUGUUUUCAGGUAAAUAACUUUUGUUUUGUUUCUCUAACCUCUUAGAGAAUGUUGAAAAAUAACAAUUAUGACUACCUUUACUAUGCUGGUUGUUUUUAACUGAAUUCUGGUGUAUUUUGAAUGUGUUGAAGGCUGUUUUUACACAUGGUUUGAUUGUUUGAAAUAGUAGUUCGAUUCAACCCUUUUGCUUUCACACUGUGGUUUUAGGUCAGAAUUGAGGCAUGUUUGCAUUUACAAUGCAAGUGUUAGUGUACACUAUAAAUACAGUGUGCUACAAAGCAUAACUCUCCUCCCACGACAAAUGACAUUUUACUACCACUUUAACCUGACACCUUUUAUUAUAUUAUAAAGGUAUUCAUAAUGUAGAUCGUAAAGCAUUCUGUAUUUUUAUAAAUAAUUGUAACCAAAGUUAAAAUGCUUUUAAAUAUUUGCAGAUUCCUUGUUACAUUUAAAAUUGGUUGUUUAUCAUGUUUUAAUGCAUAAUAUUUUCGAAAAGUGUAACAAUGAAUAGGUAAGUAUUGUGGUUACAGUUAUUCAUGAGAUCAUACAGUGGAUUUUAACAUAUAUAUGCACUUCAGGUAAAGUGUUACUGAUUGUUCCUCUUGAAAUGUCUCUUCAGACUGUUAAAAAACUAUUUUGGAUAUUUGACACUAACUAUCAGGUUGGGCUUGUCUGUGUGUUUAACAGCAAGCGGACACCGUUUACCUCAUACCAUUUAUUCCUGGUUUCUGACUCAGAGUCUAGUUUUCAGGCCCAGCUACACUAAACAAAAAGCAAGAGAAUUUCAGAUUAGGAUCCAAUUAUGGAAACAAGCUGUCCUAGUCCCCUAAAAAAAAUUAGAAGGAAAAUCUCAAGGAAAUAUUCAGUAUUAAAUAUCAGGUGUGUGUGUGAGAGAGAGAGAGAAGGAAAGAGAACAUAAUGGAAAACUCAACGCAUUUGUACUUAUUCAGUAGCUUUGAGUGAAUGCACUUUGUAAAGAAAUAUUAAUUGAUGUGUAAAGGAAUAUUAAUUGAUGUGUAAGAUGUGAUAAAUUACUAGAGAAAAUAUGGCAAAUGCUGUUUGGUUUAUCUUCUUGGCUUUCUACAGUUUAUAUUCUCAGUUAAUCAACAACAUGCUCAGCUGACAUAAAUAUGCAAGAAAACCCAUCACCAGCACUAACUCAAGAAAGCUUUGUGAAAAUCAAAACAGUCUCACUUUGCCUAUAAUUGUUUGUGUUUUUAAAGGUAAUGUGAAAUAAUACUACCGUCAUUUGAAAUGCAGUCUGAUGAUGUUUGGCAGACUUUGACUGAUGUUGCUGUACAUGUGCAGGCUGAUAUUUCUGUGGUAGUUCAGAGUGAUUGUGGUGGUGUUUAUUGCUUAAGCCUUACUCAGAGAUACAUAAUGUGUAUAUAUAAAUGUAUUAAGAACAAAUUUAAUUUUUUGUAAUGAUUGAGCUUGACUUUUAUUUGUAAUAAAAGUUUUUUUGGCCCUCA